AAAAGCUUUUGAGUUUGGCCUUAUUUCACCAAGCAAGUGGGGAGAGAGAGGGAGAGGUGGGAGCUGAUAGACGCUCAUGGGGGAUCCCUACCGGAGAUUCGGUGCUCCUGCGGACAGAGGCAGUGUUCCAAUACCGAGCUUUCCUGGCUACUUGUCAUCUGAACCAUCAUCAUUAACAUCUCAUCAUCCAUGGAACAACUUCAGUGAUCUGCAGGGUAAUGCUUCAGAUUACCUACGAAAAGAUGUAUUGCCAUUGCAGCCUGGGCCUUAUGGUGUAGAUGUUACUGGUGUUGGUGUUCGCCCUGAAUACAGUCUUGGUGGAUUAACAGCAGGAGCAAGCAUUAAUGCCCACCCAGCUCCUUUACAAGAUCCAAGUUUGCUGAGCCAAAGACGAGAUAUUGCAUUAGGUGUCAGCGCAGGCAUCCCGGAUUUAAUAAAUGAUAGGCCCAACUCUCUGAGAAAAGUUGAUGGCCUUCCAGUUCCAGCAGGAGAAUCAAAUAUUCUGUUUGUUGAAGGGCUUCCAAAUGACUGUUUAAGGAGAGAAGUAGGCCACCUUUUUCGUCCUUUCAUCGGCUUUAAAGAUAUCAGAGUCGUUCAUAGGGAGCCCAGACGUAGUGGAGACAAGUCAAUGGUUUUAUGCUUCGUUGAGUUUGAUGAUGCCAAAUGUGCUCUUACUGCUAUGGAAGCUCUUCAAGGUUACAAAUUUGAUGACAAGAAACCUGACUCCCCCGUCUUGAGGAUACACUUUGCACAUUUUCCUUUCCGUCUGCCAUCUGAUCAUAAUGAGCAACAAUUUGGGGGUCCACGAUGACCAUAGACAUGUGGCUGGGAUGAUGAUCAGUCUAAGAGGUCUUAAAGAGAUUGUAAGCCAGCUUCUAAAACUAUAUUUACAGAAUGAAGCUUGUUUUAUGUGGGUAUACUCUGGUUAGUGUGGCACAAGCUAAUAUGAGAGCAAAAAUACGCUGUACUUGACAGUUAAAUUAUCCCGUUAUUAAAAUUGUGUAGUUGUAUUUGAUCCAA